AUGCUUACCCGUCUCGUAGUACGUCUCUCCGCAUUUCCGGUUUCCUCUCCCGAAUAUAUGUCUCUGCGAAGUUUGCUCAUCUGGUUCUCCAAAACUGUGGAGCUACUCUUUCCCUGGCUUAAAGUCAACGAGAUGCAUCGAGAAGUGAAAGAUCUGCUUCGCCGUGCCAAAAAUCAUGUUGAUUCCAUAUUCGCCCAUAUAAAGUUGCGCAUCAACCUUGAACUCCUUGAGCUCAUUUGCCCCUACACUUCGUGUAUUUCUACGCAUUCUCUCGUCCUAAACACCUCUGACCGUCCCUAUAUACCUGUUGUAUCAUCUGCAAAGUGUGAGCUCCCUUCUGCUCCAUCCUUGGCUUGCUCUUCCUCUGGCAAUUGGCCUCUCUAUGUUUCCUGCCCUUCGCCAUCGACCCCUCCUUCACCUUCGCUCACUCUCUCGCCUUCCCUCUCUCCUCCAGCUGUCGCCACAGGUCCUUUCGUAUCUACGCAGCAGCUGCAUGCCGCUGUGUGUACUCACCUCUCCCGGCACCAUCACGCCCAAGUAGCUUGGUCUGAAGCCAGUCGUCUCCUUUCUGAAAAUACUGAUAGUGCUAUCAACAAUGGUGAUGACCUUGAGUCACCGCUUCUCAGUCUCUUUCGGAUCCCCAAUUCCGUCGGCAAUGCUUACCCCGGAUCCAACCUGAGGCAGAAAUUAAGGGGAAAAACUACCGGCUCUGGUCGCCUUCCACCUUGUGCUUUGCCCAAACUGGUCACAGCAGACGAGACGAGGCGACUAGAGCUAGCAGACGAUAGGUGGAUUGAACAUUGGUCUCGUGUAGAGGAGAAAAGUAUGUAG